GCGUUCGUGCGUGCUUUCUGGGGUUGGUGGGCGAGAGCUGCUGCAGCAUUUCAGCGCACUCACUGCGCGAUGCGAUUGUGAGCGAUCGAGCAGGCGGUGCGAGCAACAUGACGAAAUAGGCGUGCGGAUGCGGGGGUGGUCAUUUGAUCGAGAGCAGGUUCGGAAUCCCGGGGCAGAGCAGUCAGACAGGCUUGAAUCUGCUUCACGCAGAGGGCCAGAUCUUCGCUGGAGGUGCACUGGAGGAGCAGCAGUAGGAAGUCGAAGGUUUAGGGUUUAGUGGGAGGAGGAGGAGGAGGAUAGGAAAGGAAGGGAGAAGGGAAGAGGAGGAGGAAGGGAAGGGAGAGGAGUCGAGUUUUGGCUGGUGGUGGUGGUGAGGUGUGUGAGUCUCUGGCGUUGGGAGGUGGACCUGCGACGGGGUUGCGGAAAUCUGCCGAGGACAGAGGACAAACAUGUUGUCAACGUUGAAAUCACAAUUCUGGGGAUCUCAUGGAGUGGUUUCGAGCCGGGUUGAAAGAGGUUCACGCCGUGCAGCAGCAGCAGCAGGAGGAAGUCAGGGAUCCGGUGUUUGUUGCCAGCAGCAGAACUCGGAUGUUGUGUUCCAGAGGUUGAGCCGAGCUCUCGAGAGGCAGAACGUGCUCGCGCGCUCGAAGAAGACCGAGAGGAAGAGUGCGAAGAGGUGGGAAAUUCAAAGUAUUUUAGGGGCAGAGAAGCAAGUGGAAGAGGAGGUUGCCUCGACGACGAAGAAUGAGGUCGUGCUCCCCAGUGUGGGAUCGUGGAGUAGUUUAGGCGUGCGGACUGGGAAGCGCACUGACAUCAAGAAAAUCUUGAUCUUAGGUGCAGGCCCGAUUGUCAUCGGCCAGGCUUGUGAGUUUGAUUACUCCGGGACGCAAGCAUGCAAGGCGCUGAAGGAAGAGGGUUACGAGGUGGUUCUCAUCAAUUCGAACCCUGCAACAAUUAUGACUGAUCCCGAGACAGCGGACCGCACUUACAUCACUCCUAUGACUCCAGAGCUGGUCGAGAAAGUGCUGGAGAAGGAGAGGCCUGAUGCCCUUCUGCCCACAAUGGGAGGUCAAACUGCUUUGAACUUGGCGUGUGCUCUGGCCGAGAGCGGAGCUCUGGAGAAGUACAAUGUAGAGCUCAUAGGGGCCAAACUCGACGCCAUUAAGAAGGCGGAAGACAGAGACUUGUUCAAGCAGGCAAUGGAGAAGAUUGGCGUCAAAUCGUCACCUUCUGGAAUUGCAACGACUUUGGAGGAAUGCUUCAAGAUUGCAGAGCAAAUAGGCGAGUUCCCACUUAUCAUCCGCCCUGCCUUUACCCUCGGUGGUACCGGAGGAGGAAUUGCAUACAACAAGGAGGAGUUCGAGACGAUUUGCAAAGCGGGAUUGGCCGCCAGUCUCUACUCGCAGGUUCUCGUAGAAAAGUCUCUGCUGGGGUGGAAGGAGUACGAACUUGAAGUUAUGAGAGACUUGGCCGACAAUGUUGUCAUCAUCUGCUCAAUCGAAAACAUCGAUCCGAUGGGAGUCCACACAGGUGAUUCUAUCACUGUAGCCCCGGCUCAGACUCUAACUGACAAGGAAUUCCAGAGGUUGAGGGACCAAGCUGUGGCCAUCAUCCGAGAAAUUGGCGUGGAGUGUGGGGGUUCGAAUGUGCAGUUCGCUGUGAAUCCAAAGGACGGAGAGGUCAUGGUUAUUGAAAUGAAUCCGCGAGUGUCUCGAUCUUCCGCUUUGGCUUCCAAAGCUACUGGAUUUCCCAUCGCCAAAAUGGCAGCAAAGCUGUCUGUUGGCUACACCUUGGAUCAAAUCCCAAAUGACAUCACGAGGAAAACCCCUGCCAGCUUUGAGCCUUCUAUUGACUACGUUGUCACCAAGAUUCCUCGUUUCGCCUUCGAGAAGUUUCCAGGGUCUCAACCAAUUCUGACGACACAAAUGAAGUCAGUGGGAGAGGCUAUGGCUAUGGGUCGUACUUUCCAAGAGUCCUUUCAAAAGGCGAUGCGAUCGCUGGAGACAGGACACAGCGGGUGGGGUUGUGAAAAGGUGAAAGAACUCGACUGGGACAUGGACAAGCUCAGGUACAAUUUGAGGGUGCCAAAUCCUGAGCGCAUGUAUGCUCUGUAUGCGGCGAUGGAGAGGGGCAUGACCCAAGAAGAAGUUCAUGAUCUCAGCUUUAUCGAUCCAUGGUUCUUGAAUCAGCUCGGCGAAUUGAUGGAGUUCGAAAAGUUUUUGAAAACCAUGAAGCUCACUGAGCUGAGCAAGCAAGACCUGUACGAAGUGAAGAGGCGUGGUUUCAGUGACAAACAAAUCGCGUAUGCCACUGGGACCAAAGAGAUUGAAGUGCGGGCACACAGAGUGGCAAUGGGAGUAGUUCCGGCAUAUAAAAGAGUGGACACUUGUGCUGCUGAGUUUGAGGCCGACACCCCUUACUUGUACUCUUCUUACGAUGAUGAAUGUGAAUCUGCUCCUACGAGCAACAAGAAAGUGUUGAUUUUGGGAGGUGGUCCGAACAGGAUCGGGCAAGGUAUAGAGUUUGACUACUGCUGUUGCCAUGCCUCUUUCGCUCUACAGGACGCAGGUUAUGAAACUAUUAUGAUGAACUCCAAUCCGGAGACUGUCUCAACUGACUACGACACGAGUGAUCGAUUGUACUUCGAACCUCUCACCGUCGAAGAUGUUUGUAACGUGAUAGAUCUCGAGAGGCCUGAUGGAAUUAUUGUUCAGUUCGGAGGGCAAACGCCUCUGAAGCUGGCGCUUCCAAUUCAGCGGUAUCUCGAUACCUUCAAACCGAAGGCUGCGAGUGGAGAGGGUUAUGUCAAAAUCUGGGGCACCACCCCUGAUUCAAUUGAUGCCGCAGAGGACAGGAAGAGAUUCGAGGCCAUCCUCAACGAGUUGGGUAUCAAUCAGCCUCCUGGUGGAAUUGCAAGGAGUGAAAAGGAUGCCUUGGCAAUUUCGAAGCGAGUAGGUUAUCCCGUUGUUGUCAGACCUUCUUAUGUGCUUGGGGGGAGGGCUAUGGAAAUAGUGUACAACGAUGCCAAGUUGAAGACUUACCUCGAGACAGCCGUGGAAGUUGACCCCGAAAGACCUGUUUUGGUUGACAAGUACCUUACCGAUGCUACUGAGAUCGAUGUCGAUUCUCUCACAGAUAGCUACGGCAACGUCGUUAUCGGAGGAAUAAUGGAGCACAUUGAGCAAGCUGGUGUUCAUUCGGGAGACUCGGCCUGCUCCAUUCCUACAAAGACCAUCAGUGAUAAAGCCCUGGCAACUAUCCGUGAUGCAACUACCAAGCUGGCAAAGAAACUUGGUGUUGUGGGGCUCAUGAACUGUCAGUACGCUAUUACCCUGAAGGAUGAGGUUUACAUCAUCGAGGCUAAUCCGAGGGCUUCCCGUACUGUACCUUUCGUGUCUAAAGCCAUCGGUCAUCCUCUAGCAAAGUACGCAUCCCUCAUCAUGUCAGGUAGAUCUCUUCAUGAUCUUGGCUUCGAAAACGAGGUUAUCCCUAACCAUGUAUCAGUGAAGGAAGCCGUUUUACCCUUCGAUAAAUUCCAAGGAUGUGAUGUCAUUCUCGGGCCGGAGAUGAGGAGCACAGGAGAAGUAAUGGGUAUGGACUACGGGUUCGAUAAAGCAUUUGCCAAAGCGCAGAUUGCAGCCAAUCAGAGGCUACCUCUUACGGGGACUGUCUUCAUCAGUAUGAAUGAUUUGACGAAGGACGGAGUCGUUCCAAUUGCCCGCGGAUUUCAGGAACUAGGCUUUAAAAUCCUAGCGACAGGUGGAACUGCACAGCAUCUAAAGCAGGUUGGCGUGGAGGUGGAAAGCGUGCUUAAACUGCACGAGGGGCGACCCCACGCGGGAGAUCUUUUGUCAAAUGGCAAGAUUCAAAUGAUGAUCAUCACGAGCUCCGGUGAUGUUUUAGAUCAAAGAGAUGGUCGGGAACUGCGACGAUCUGCCCUUGCUUACAAGGUUCCCAUCGUCACGACAAUUGCUGGUGGUUUAGCUAAUCUGGAAGCCGUGAGAAGUCUGAAGGAGAGUUCACUAGAAAUGAUCCCUCUACAGGACUUCUUCAAGAAAAAGGAUGUAGACGCCACAUCCUGAGUAGGUAAAAUCUGUCGAAUUAAAUUUAAAGUUCACCAAUCCCAUCUGAAGUAUCGAUUGAAGAGGAGGUAUAAUUCAAAAUCUGGGCUCUGGCGGCGGCUCAUUUUUGGCAGGAUUGCGUCUUAUGCGCAUUCUCGUUCAAGUCUCACUAACAGUAAGCUGUUAUGGUUGGUCUGGCAGACCAUCCUGUAGAUUUUUGAGGCUGAGUUGUAUUCACAGGAGUCCGAUUUGAGAUGAGUCCCUCAGAUCAUAGCUUACACGGAAAUCAAUUUUCCUCCCACUGUCUAAUCGGGAGUGUAAGGCUAUCAGCUCAUGUGUUGUCAUUUUACAGAUUUGUUAGUAUAUGUGAAUAGGUCAUACUUUUUCAGGAGACCAGUUGUGACCAGUCAAGGCACAUUCUGUAGUUGUUACAUGGAAGUGAAGCAGCGGAGGAUGUCCAUUUACUGUGUUUGACAGUGAAAUGAUUGACGCUCCCAACACCUUGGAGUGAGCACUGGGCCACCGGAAGGUUUGUAAUUUCAGCUUUAUAAAAAAUCAGUUUUGCCUUUCUGUCCACUGGCUGAAGAGACUAGCCUAGAUGUUGUACCUGCUAAAGGUACAACAUCUAUCUUAUCUACAUCCUGUUUUGUCCUAUCGUCUAUUGUUUUGAAUUUUCUUUGCAACAGUCUUCUUGACAACGGACGACAUGGCUUAUGGAGAUAUAUGGGAACCAUGGAGUCCAGUCUCUAUUUUAGCGAGUUUUGCUAGAUGUUUACCGGAGGCAGGGUUCAUGGUACGUCUCACCUUGUCCUGUCGAGCAUGGAAAAGUUGUUGUAUCGAUGUCCAACUAUGUAAGGGGACUUUCGAGACUUCUGUUCAGCCUUGGGCCUUCUACAUCUUGGUGUGGAGUUUGAAGUCCAACAGUCGCUUUCUGCCUUUUUAGCAUCAAUUAUCAUAUACUUUCCGAGGUAGUGUACCUGCGUAUCAGCUUGCAUUGCUCCCUACAGUGACAAGCUACUUUUCUUGCAACUUAUGGUCGUCUACGUCUGCGUCUUUGGACGGUCCACCAGCUCGUGUAUAGCGUUUGCAGCUUUUGUGUUGUCCAUGUUUCUCUAGCUUCCUCUAUUACAGUACUGUUUUCCGUUGGUGAUAGAUUCUGGUCAUACUAAGCCGAUUUUUGUUAUAUGGUAAUCUUACAGGCGACCUUGCUAAUCUUCACAAACUGCAAGGUCAACAUUUGCUACGUUUGCUCGUCUCCCUCUUGUUUUUGGCUUCCUCUUGCUUCUCAAUGCGAUCCCCCAUCAGCUUUCCCAUGCUGUUAUAAAAUUUGACUAUUUUGGGAUGGUGUUUGUAUUUGUGCAUUGCUGAUGGAUUUGAUGCUAUAUCCUGGACAGCUGUCAUGAUCUCAGGAUCCUCCAACCCGGCUUGAAUUUCCUUGUUGCUUAGCACUUCGCUCACAAGCU